AGGAAAUACACAUAAGGGUAAGCUUCUGGACCGUCUCGUCCAAAUUCCUUAACCAGAUUACCAGACCGGUGUCAGCGACAUCAUUUCGGAAUCGGACGGAGGAGAUCAACAAAAAGGUUUUCCGAAAUUUCGGAAGCGAAAUAUUUGAUGCCGAUGAGAGAUGCCGCCGAAGCAGCAAUCGAAGGCCGAUUUGGCGAAGAAGCAGAAGAUCGUAGAGGACAAGACCUUCGGGCUCAAGAACAAGAACAAGAGCAAGAAUGUCCAGAAGUACGUUCAGACCCUCAAGCAGUCCGUCCAGCCCCAAUCCGAUCCUUCUAAGACCGCUGCUAAGAAAAAGAAGGAGGAAGAGAAGGCUAAGGACAAGGAACUGAAUGAAUUAUUUAAGGUUGCUGUUAGUCAACCAAAAGUACCAGUUGGUGUUGAUCCCAAGUCUAUACUAUGCGAGUUUUAUAAAGCGGGGCAGUGUGCAAAAGGUUUCAAGUGCAAGUUCUCCCAUGAUUUGAAUGUUCAGAGGAAAGGAGAAAAGAUUGACAUUUACAGUGAUAAACGUGAUCAUGACACGAUGGAGGAAUGGGAUCAAGAGACUUUGGAGAAGGUGGUGGAAUCAAAGAAAAAUGAAUACCAGCAGAACAAACCGACUGAUAUUGUUUGUAAAUAUUUUCUGGAAGCAGUGGAGAAGAAACAAUAUGGUUGGUUUUGGGUCUGCCCCAAUGGUGGUAAAAAUUGCCAUUACAGACAUUCUCUUCCUCCAGGAUAUGUUUUAAAGUCUCAGAUGAAGGCUCUAUUAGAGGAAGAGGCUGAAAAAAUACCAAUUGAGGAGGAGAUCGAAAAUCAGCGUGCUAAAGUGACGACUUCAACUCCUAUGACUACUGAGUUGUUCAUGCAAUGGAAGAAGAAAAAGAUGGCAGAAAGAGAUGCCGGUUUGGAGGCACAAAUGGCAGAGCGGGCUAAAAAUGACCGUAUGAGUGGCCGUGAGCUAUUUUUGUCAGAUUCUAGCAUAUUUGUGGACGAUGUUGAGGCACAUGAGAAGUACCAAAGAGAUCAAGAACCUCCAGUUGCUGAACAGAAGGUCAGUGCCAAUUCUAACGGAGAUAGGCCAAGUGACUCAGCAACUGCUGGCGGUGGUGCCAAAGUUACCAAUGAUGAUGAUGAUGACGAACUGGACAUAGAUGAGUUAAACGAGUUAGAAGCAAGCUUAUCUAAGGUAACAAUUCAGGAGCCGGACACUGCUGCUUAAUCGAAGAGAGGCAAUCUAAAGUCUGCAUCCAUUUGUUAGUGGACUCGGUGUUAUGGACUGUAAACUUAUGGCCCCCUCAAUGAUGGCAACCUCUCUGAUGUUGCCCAAAAAGUUAUAAAGUUCACCCAUAAUUGAUCAUACUGUCCUUACGGAUCAUUAGGUGCUUUUGUGUAAUAUCUACUUUUCCAUGGAGGAUUGUCCCAUACUCGAGGACGUAAAAAUAAUCGUUGCCUUGUAAUUUACCUGAGCAUCAUAGGAUGCAAGUGAUGUCUCCUUUCAGUUUAUGCUAUUUUAGUUAACGAUGUCAAAGCAUG